CCGCCAGGGGCUGCUAGCACAGAGCCCACAGAGUCUUCUAACAUCGGGACCCCGCACUGCCUGGAGUUGGACUGCGGCCACCUGGACUGAGACAGCUUUCCAUGGACAAUUCUGAAGAUGACCCGACCAUAUUCAGUACCCACUGUCUGCCCAGUGACCCCAGGUUCUGGGCCACUGUAACCAAUUCAUACCUGGGCACACGUGUGUAUCAUGACGUUAUACAUGUAAAUGGUGUGUACAACGGAGCUGGAGGGAACACUCACCGGGCAAUUCUGCCCAGUCCCAUCAAUGUCCAGCUGAAGGCCCCAGCAGGAACAGAACCGCUGACUGAGACCUUUGCCCUGGAUACUAACACAGGUUCCUUCCUGCACACCCUGGAAGGCCCCAGCUUCCGGGCUUCCCAAUGCAUCUAUGCUCACCGUGUGUUACCCCAUGUCCUGGCCUUCAGCGUGUCCAUUGCACGCUUGACAACAGGGAACAAGCCCAUCACGGUGCUGCUACAGGCAUCCUUCUCCCCAGAAAGCCCAGACCUGGAUCUGCAUGUUGGGCCUGACUUCCAGGGAGCCCGGUACCUCCAUGGCCACACACUCACCCCUGAGCAGCCAGGAGAGCCACAGCAGGAAGUACACAUGCUGUGGAUGCCGGUACCCCCAGUCUUGACCCUUGCAGAAGAUGAGCAAGACAGGACCUGGGACUUUCUGACUGUGGUUGGUGGCAGCCAGGCUGAGGCCCAGGGCUGCUUUGCUGAGGCCCUGCAGCUGCAGACCAGGGGCGUUCUGUAUACAGUCCAUGCAGACGCCUGGGCCCAGCUCUGGGCCAGCUGUGGCCUAGAUGUGACUGGACCCCUGGCCCUGCGCCAGGCCCUCCGUGGUUCUCUCUACUACCUGCUCAGUGAGCUUCCCCAGCCUGGCACCCAAGGAUCAAUCAGCCAUGGGCUUAGCCCUGGAGGCCUCUCUAAUGGGAGUCAGGAGGAGAGCUACUGGGGCCAUAUCUUCUGGGAUCAGGACCUCUGGAUGUUCCCAAAUAUUCUGAUGUUCAACCCAGAGGCUGCUAGGGCCAUCCUGGAGUACAGAGUCCGUACACUGGGAGGGGCCCUGAAGAAUGCCCAGAACCUAGGCUACCAGGGAGCCAAGUUCGCUUGGGAAAGUGCAAGCACUGGGCUGGAGGUCUGCCCUGAGGACAUUUAUGGGAUCCAGGAGGUCCAUGUGAAUGGAGCCGUGGUGUUGGCCUUCCAGCUGUACUACUGCUGCACUCAGGACCUGCAGCUCUUCCAAGAGGCUGGUGGCUGGGAUGUGGUCAGCGCGGUAGCUGAGUUUUGGUGCAGCCGCGUAGAAUGGAGCCCCCAGGAGAAGAUGUACCACCUGAAAGGAGUCAUGCCGCCCGAUGAAUACCACUCAGGAGUCAACAACUCUGUGUACACCAACGUCCUGGUCCAGAACAGCCUGCGCUUCGCUGCUGCAUUGGCCAAGGACCUGGGUCUGUCUGUUCCCAACCAGUGGCUGGAGGUGGCCGAUAGGAUCAAGGUGCCAUUUGACUCUGAGCAGAACUUCCACCCUGAGUUUGACGGCUAUGAGCGAGGAGAAGAAGUGAAACAGGCAGAUGUCGUGCUCCUGGGAUACCCAGUUCCCUUUCCCCUAAGACCCGACAUCCGAAGGAAAAAUCUGGAGAUUUAUGAGGCUGUGACAUCCCCCCAGGGCCCUGCAAUGACCUGGAGUAUGUUUGCCGUGGGCUGGAUGGAGCUGAGGGACCCCUCAAGGGCCCAGGUCCUCCUGAGCAAGAGUUUCAUCAAUGCCACUGAGCCCUUUAAGGUGUGGACAGAGAAUGCGGAUGGGUCUGGCGCAGUGAACUUCUUGACGGGCAUGGGGGGCUUUCUGCAGGCAGCACUCUUCGGGUGCACAGGAUUCAGGAUCACUGAGGCAGGUGUGGCCUUUGACCCCCUGUGUCCAGACCUGAUCUCCAGAGUAUCUGUCUCUGGCAUCUCCUACCUGGGGAACAAGUUCAACUUCACCUUUUCCAAGGACACGGUGACACUUGAGGUCACAGUCCGUGCAGAACCCUGGGCGCCCUUGCUAGAAGCUGAGCUGUGGCCAUCGCUGACCCGGCUCCCCCUGCCACCAGGACAUAAGGUCUGCUUUCCCCACUCAGCUGGCCGGAUACAAAAGUCAUCCCCCUAGCUGUCCAGAAAUUCCAACUCUUCAGUGUUUCCUGAAAGGAACCCGUUUCAGUACCUCAGGGACACUUCUGGACCCUCAGCUGCAUUCCCCACCCACACAGUCUCUCAAUCUGGAUCCAGGCCUAAGCCAUUAAGGCUAUUAUUGGGCGUUCCCUCUGCAUCCUCCCCUUCCUCCUUCCUCUCCUUACCCUCUCCUGUACUGGGUUGUCUACCUAGAACUUCAUACAUUCCUUGCUUUGGGGCCGACCCCAGCACCCAACCCUUCAGCUCCCCAUUUUGGUGUCUCCCUAGUCCUUAACUUCCUUGCUCACCUCUGGUCUCUGAAUUGCUCUGGUCAAAGAGCUGGAUGGGGAAUGACCGGCAGCCCUGCUGAGGAGGUGACCAGCAGGUGGGUCCUAGAAUCAGGGGCUUAGCUACCCAAAUAAGAGCUUCCUGUGGUAUGCAGUUGGGACCACGCCUGACUGGCCAAGUUCUCAAGGGUUUGUGGCUUUGAGCUUCCUCUUCUCUGACUCCUCUUGACGUCAGUUGGUGUCUAGCAUAGUGGGCUAGAGUGAGAGCCGUUAACCAUGGGAGAAGGAAGUCAGUGCUGUCACCAGAGGAUGCAGUAGAUGAACAUCAGAUCAAGACCACGAAGUUCCUGGCUGGCAACCAGAGAAACUGGAGUCAAAUGAGCCGAGAAGCUGCCCAGGUUUCACUCCUGGCCCUCAGUUCCUGGCAUACUUUAUCAGAGUUCCUCCCAGAACAAGGUGCAUAGAACAGAGCCAGGAUCCUGGUAAAACCUGUGCCCUUCUACCAAACCAGCUUGGCUAAUUAAAGU